AUGAUUUUGACCAGUAUUACGAAAUACACACCUGUUAUUUUAACUUUUCUACAUCUUUUGAGCUCCUUUGUUAACUCUGCAUCAGAAAUCAAUUCACAGAAGGAGCUAGUAGAAAACCUAAAAAAACAUGGAGUGGUUACAUCAGUGGAUAUAGCAAGAGUAAUGUCAGAUGUUGAUCGCAAAUUUUUCAUCCAUGAGAACCCGUAUGCGUAUCGUUCGCAUAAAAUUUCACAUGGUGGUACGAUAAGCGCACCACAAGUGGAUGGACAUAUUUUGGAAGGACUAAGGCCAGGUCUUACGAAAGGUGCAAGAGUUUUAUGUGUUGGUUGCACCGGUGGAUACCUAUUGGCAUGUAUGUCGAUUUUAGUUGAAUCUAUGGGCAUUGUUACCGGAGUUGAAAACAAUGUACACUUGACUAAAUUGAAUAUACAGAACCUUAAAAAUUGGUUGGCUGUCAGUGAAACAGUGCAAACGCUUAAGAUAGCUCUAGAAAGGAAUUUCGGAUUUUUAACUACUAGUAAACCGGGUGAACAAAUGGCCAGAAAAGAUUAUAGUGCAAUUUUUUUGAAGGGUGACGAUAAAAGUGCAAUUGAAUGGUUGAAAGGACGCUUGAAAACUGGUGGUCAUCUUAUUUAUUCAAGAGAAUCUGAAGAUGGAUACGUAGAAUUAAUUAGAGUAAUUUGUAUGAAGCCUGGGAAAUUUGACGAAGCAGUUUCGGCUCGUAUUCCAUUGGUUCUGCCUGCUAAAGAAGAAGAGAAACCAACUGAAGAAGAGAAACCAACUGAAGAAGAGAAACCAACUGAAGAAGAAUCGUCAAUUGACCUUUAG